CACUUUGGAUUUUUAUAUAUCAUCAUCAUCAUCAAAAGUGUUAGGUGCACACAUGAUCAUAUGAGACAUUCAUGAUUCAAUUUUUCAAUAUACAUAAUUUUAUCAACAUUUAGAUAACUGACAAAAUGCAAAAAUACGCUACACCACCAUCAAAAUCACCACCAUCAAAAUGUUCGAAUCCACAGCAUAAUCAUCAUCGUAGUCUAUCACUUGGUAAUUAUGAUGAUGAAUUAUGUCGUAUACGUAAACGUAGCGAAGUCAAUAGUGAUUUAAUACAAAGAAAAACAAUGAUUCAAUCAACAAAUGAUUGUAUGGAAUUGGAUGAAGAACAUAUUUGUGAACAAUGUCCAUUGAAUAAUAAUAAUAAUGGUAUACCAUGUGAUAAACAACAACAAGAUGCUAAACAAAAUCCAAAUGAGGUAUUUACAAACAAAACUAACCAAAUUGAUGAUGAUGAUGAUGAUUGUCGUCGUCAACAGUCAAAAAAUAAUACUAAUAACAAAUUUGAUGAAUCGAUACUUAUCGAUAUGUUACAAAAUGAUCCAUCAUUACGUUCAUUAUUAAAUCAAUUGAAAUUUUCAUGUUCUUCUUCUUCUGUUUUUCUUACAUCAUCAUCAUCGCCAACAACAACACCAUUCAAUAAUAAUCGUCGAUUACCAUCAUCAUCAUCAACAACAACGAAUGCACAGGCAAAAGGACAUCGACGUAGUCUUUCAUUACGGCAACAAUUUGAAAAUGGUUAUGAUUAUUUAUGCUCGGAAUGGAUACAAGCAAGAGAAUUAGCUGGUAAAACUGUUGGUCAUGCAACAAAAACUGUUAGCCAAGCAACCGGUGCUGUUUGGAAAGUUUGUAAUUUUAAUAUGUUACCAAAUUGGAUGCAAGAUAAUGAAUAUUUACAUACUGGUCAUCGGCCACCAUUACCAACAUUUUGGGAAUGUAUUAAAUCAAUAUUUCGUUUACAUACUGAAACUGGUAAUAUUUGGACACAUGGUAUUGGUGCAUUAUUAUUUGUCGGUUUAUUUAUAUAUGAAUUUGUUACAAUAAGCGCACAUAAAACGGCUGUUGAUCGUUUAAUGUUAACAAUAUAUUUUUCGGGCAUAAUUACUUGUCUAAUAUUUUCCUGUAUGUUUCAUACAUUUAGUUGUUAUGCAUCACCAAAAGUUAUCAAAAUAUUUUCCAAACUUGAUUAUUGUGGUAUAUCCAUACAGAUUAUUGGUUCAAUGACACCGGCAUUAUAUUAUGGAUUCUAUGAAGAUUUAAAUAUGUUUAAAUUAUAUAUAUCAUUUGGUGUUGUAUUAUGUAUAUUAUCGAUUGCUGUAUCAUUAUGGGAUAAAUUUGGUGAACCACGUUAUCGUGGUUUUCGUGCUAUGGUAUUCUUAUGUUUUGGUCUAUCGAAUGUUAUACCCGGAAUACAUUGGUAUAUAAUAUUGGAUUCACAUUUAUUAACAGCAUAUUAUCUAUUUAUAUUACAAGGAGCAUUAUAUGUUAUUGGAUCAUUAUUAUAUGCUAAUCGUAUACCGGAAAGAUUAUUCCCUGGUAGAUGUGAUUAUAUGUUUCAAUCACAUCAAAUAUUUCAUAUAUUGGUUGUAUUGGCUGCAUUUGUUCAUUUGAAUGGUAUUAAUUUAAUGGCUGAAACACGUUUACAUGAUAAACAACAACAACAACAACUAAACAACAAUCAUACUGAAAUUAAAAUAAACGAUAUGGACGAUUAUCGUUCAAGUGAACAACAUGCACGUACUAGUUUAUCAUUACAUCGAUCAAGUGAUCAAUCGAUUGAACAUCGUAUUGAUUCGGAUCGUAAUGUAUCAUCAGUAACAAGCGGUGGUGUAGAUUCAUUAAAAACAAUAACUAUGGCUGAACGUAUUAUGAUUGAUACAUAUGAAAAAAAAUAUCGUCGUGAACAUCGUCGUUUUGAACGUUUAUCAUCAAUUUAUAAUAGUUAUCUUUUAUUACAUUAUUUAGUUUGUCGUGAUAAUAAUCUAUUGAAUCGUAUUGGACGAUAUCAUCGAAGACGAUCAUCAUCAACACAACCGGCAACAUUUAGAUCAAGAAGACGACGACGAGGACGACAAAGACAUCGUAAACGUAGACGUAGUAGUAGACAUAAUAGUAGUAGACAAAGUAGAAGAAGUCAAUAGUUAAAAACAAGAAUUUUCAAAAACAAAAAUGAUUACUAAAUCUAUUUAAUGAUGAAAAUGAAUAAAAUUAACCCUUUAUCACUCA